CGGAAGCACGCAGCCUGUUAGCUAGCCUGGUAAUUGUGGCACAAGUUGGCCAUAUCAAACAAGGGGAAGGGAUAAGAUAAGUAUUUUUAAAGACGGUAACGAGUUGAAUCUUCACGACUCAAACAUAGCGCGAUGACUGGCUCCAAUGAGUAUAAGCUCAACCAGGGCCCGGAGGACAGCAUCUCUGCUGUGAAGUUUAGCCCCAAUACUGCCCAAUUUCUGCUGGUUUCUUCCUGGGACUCCUCUGUCCGCCUUUUUGAUGUAUCGGGCAACACCAUGAGAAUGAAGUACCAGCACACAGCUCCAGUUCUCGACUGUGCUUUCUAUGACCCAUCACAUUCUUGGAGUGGAGGCUUAGAUGCACAGUUGAAAACCCAUGAUUUGAACACAGAUCAAGAUACAGUAGUUGGAACACAUGAUGCCGCCAUCCGCUGUGUGGAAUAUUGCCCAGAGGUCAAUGUCAUGGUAACAGGUAGCUGGGACAAGUCAGUUCGGCUGUGGGACCCGAGGACACCCUGCAAUGCUGGCACCUUUACUCAGCCUGAAAAGGUAUACACCCUCUCUGUGGCUGGGGACAGGCUAAUUGUAGGCACAGCUGGAAGGAGAGUCUUGGUAUGGGAUUUAAGGAACAUGGGCUAUGUACAGCAAAGAAGAGAGUCCAGUCUCAAGUAUCAGACUCGCUGUAUCAGAGCUUUCCCCAACAAACAGGGCUAUGUCUUGAGUUCAAUCGAAGGCCGUGUGGCUGUGGAGUACCUGGACCCAAGCCAGGAGGUUCAGAAGAAGAAGUAUGCCUUCAAAUGCCACAGGCUGAAGGAGAAUGGAAUUGAGCAUGUUUACCCUGUCAACGCCAUUUCAUUUCACAGUGUUCACAACACCUUUGCCACAGGUGGCUCAGAUGGCUUUGUGAACAUUUGGGACCCAUUCAACAAAAAGCGCCUAUGUCAGUUCCACCGUUACCCGACCAGCAUCGCCUCAUUGGCCUUUAGCAACGAUGGUACCUUGCUUGCCAUAGCCUCCUCUUACAUGCAGGAGCAGGGAGACAUCUCCCAUCCGGAGGAUGCCAUCUUCAUCCGCCAAGUCACAGAUGCUGAGACCAAGCCCAAGUCAACCUAAGUCCUCCUUGGAAUGGUUUCCUCUGCCCAUGUCCUGUAAAAUGUGGCCAAUUGAAGCCUAUAUCACAUUCGGAAUAUCUGCUGGCAUCCAGUUUACCAUUAAAAUAAUUUUCUUGUCAUUUUCCUUUUGUUCCAGUACACCAAUACCUGUGUUGUCCUACUGUUUAUUAAGUUAUAUCUUCAUUUUCAGUCUGUUGUUUGGCUUCCUAUUGUCAAUGUUAUAUGUUCUUACUAACUGUUGUUUCAGUAAAAAAAAUAUGUUUGGAGGGCGUCCGGGUGGCAUGGUGGUCUGUUCCAUUGCCUACCAACACGGGGAUCACCGGAUCAAAUCCCCGUGUUACCUCUGGCUUGGUCGGACGUCCUACAGACACAAUUGGCCGUGUCUGUGGGUGGGAAGCCGGAUGUGGGUAUGUGUCCUGGUCGCUGCACUAGUGCCUCCUCUGGUCGGUCGGGGCGCCUGUUCAGGGGGGAGGGGGAACUGUGAGGAAUAGCAUGAUCCUCCCAUGUGCUACAUCCCCCUGCCUCCCAUGUGCUACAUCCCCCUGGUGAAACUCCUCACUGUCAGGUGAAAAGAAGCGGCUGGCAACUGCACAUGUAUCGGAGGAGAGGCGGUAGUUUGCAGCCCUUCUGGGAUCAGCAGAGGGGGUGGGGCAGUGACCGGGACGGCUCGGAAGAGUGGGGUAAUUGACUGGAUACAAUUGGGGAGAAAAUGGGAUUCCAAAAUAAAUAAAAUAAAAAUUUUUUUGAAACAUUUCCUUUUUAUUCUUCCCCGUCGGAUUCGUAAAGACGACACUUGAUACACAUGGAUAGCUAACGAUUAUUGAUGGAUUCAUCUGACAUUUUAGUUGCUAAAUCUCUUGCAUCGUUUUGCAGAUGAGAAGAUAUCGAUGUUACAUCUAAACCUGUUUCCUUUAAAGAGCUUGAUGACAUCGAACCUAAACUUUGCUAUAUAAAAAAAAAAUGGAACAAGACUGAUUGUCAACUUUUUUUAGAAUAAAAAGUGAACUUUGAAAGUGUGACCUACUGUUUGAAUUCGGUUUCUAUAUUAACAUUUUGCACGUUUGGCUCUUUAAAGAAAAGGUUGCCAAAUGCUAGGAAUGUGUCGGGGCCAGAGAGGUUGUUCUUUUCAUGAAGUGUUGAAGGAAAGCGAUGAUCCACUAGUCUUGCCUUGGGCUCCAC